UUAACAUGAGCGCUUUAAGCAGGAAUGCAGGAAUGACCAGCUUCUCAGAAGAGUGGGCGGGUUUUUCCCCUUCUGCUCUUCCGUGUUAACCGCCUGUGUGAAAAUCGCACAGACACUCUCAACGUUGCGUGAACAAAACCGAUAUUACCUGAAAAAAUUUUGACUGGUCAUCAUGAUGAGAUGCUGUGGUCUGCUGAGUGUCAACAAGGAGCCAGUUCCUCUGAAGGCCAUUGAAGUACAAGUAGAAGUGAAGGACCACGUGGCCACUGUGGUUUCCACACUGCACUAUGAGAACAAGGAGGACAAAGCCAUAGAGGCCGUUUUUGUCUUCCCUCUGCCUGCUGAUGCUGCUGUCUGCCAUUUUAGUGCCAAGAUUGGACAAACUGAGAUUGUAGCUGAUGUAAAGGAGAAACAGGAAGCUCGAGAGGAGUACGACGAUGCGUUGGGUUCUGGUCAGCAGGCUUUCCUCCUAGAGGAGAGUGAGCAGAGUCCCGACAUUUUUUCUUCGAGUGUGGGAAGUCUCCCUCCAGGAGAGAGCGCCUCCAUCAGGCUGGCCUACGUCACUGAGCUGGCUGUGGAGGCCGACGGCGGGUUGCGGUUUUGUCUACCUGUGGUGCUCAACCCUCGCUAUCAACCUCGCGGAAGUGAAGACCGCGGCGUCCAGGUGAUGUGCCAUAUGGCCUCUCAAGUGCCAUACAGUCUGACCUUCGCUGCCAGGUUGUCGUCACCGCGUCAGGUCUCUAAAGUGGACUCCGCGUGUCCCCUUGAGCCUCUGCAGUAUCUCAACAAGGAGCAAACCAAGGCGGUUGUUCAACUGGCUGCAGGACACGCAUUUGGCAGGGAUAUUGAGCUGUUGAUUUACUACAAAGAUGCUCACCAGCCAGUUGUUGUGGUGGAGGCAGGAAAGGCUUCUGCCGAGCCUGGCACACUUAUGGGGGAUGCGGCAGUGAUGCUGAGCGUUUACCCAGAGUUCUCCCAGGCAGUGAUGUCUUCACUCGCCACAAGGGGAGAGUUUGUGUUCUUACUGGACCGAUCUGGAAGUAUGCAAGGUCCUCGCAUCGGCAGUGCCAGGGAUACUCUGCUGCUCCUUCUGAAAAGCUUGCCAAUGGGCUGCUACUUCAACAUUUACAGUUUUGGUUCCUCCUUUGAACACAUCUUUCCUAAAAGUAUGGAGUACAGUGAGAAGACCUUGGAAAAUGCUCUAAAGAUUGUCAAGGAGAUGCAGGCAAACCUGGGAGGAACAGAGAUACUUCGGCCCCUUCAACACAUUUACAGUCAGCCCUGCAUUCCCAAUCAACCACGACAACUCUUUGUCUUCACUGACGGCGAAGUGGGUAACACCAAAGACGUUACAAGCUUAGUGAAGAAGAAUUCCAGUUCCCACAGGUGUUUCUCUUUUGGGAUCGGAGAAGGGGCCAGCACCGCUCUCAUCAAUGGUUUGGCCAAGGAGGGAGGAGGUCACGCUCAAUUCAUCGCAGGCACUGACAGAAUGCAAGCCAAGGUGAUGCAAUCGCUGCAGUUUGCUUUGCAACCGGCUGUGGAGGACAUUUCGGUUACAUGGGAUUUGCCAAAAGGAGUGUCGGUCACACCUCUGUCUCCGCCUCUCACAGCUAUUUUCCAGGGUCAACGCUCUCUCAUUUAUGCGCAGCUUACUGGAGAGAGUUCGGAGGAAACAGAUGGUUGUGUAACUGUGAAGUACAGCUUAGCAGGCCAUCCGUUCCAGAACAAGCUUGCCUUCGCUUUCCAUCCCACAGAGGACACUGGAUUAACAAUCCACAGGCUCGGUGCUCGUACUCUGAUUCGUUGUCUGGAGUCCAAGGAACCAGAGAAGGAUGAGGAAGUGAAGAAAAAGGUGGUGAAUGUCAGCGUUCAAUCAGGGGUCAGCAGCUCCUUCACUUCCUUCAUUGCCAUCAACAAAGGCAGCAGCAAGCCCAUACAGGGACCUCUGCUGCAAAGACGUGUUCCAGGGAUCAUGUCUCGUAUGCCAAUGGCAUAUUGUGCUCCAAGGAUGCUUCCAAUGAUGGAUUCUUCUCUUGUCAGUGAUGGAACAGGACUUAUGGGGGGUUUUAAAAUGAAGAAAAGCAGUGCAAAGGGUCGCAUACCAAAACGCCUGGUUGAUACAGGAGGACCAGAUGUCUUUUCUUCCCAGGAGAUCAAUCUUGGCCCUCCUAUCCAGCCACCCUCAGACACUUUGCUACAGUUGGUGUCCCUCCAGAAAGCGUCGGGCUACUGGGAGCUCAACCCGGCUCUGGCUACUGCAUUGCACAAGACCAGCAAGCAGUUGGAACAGGCCAAGCCGGCAAAUGUGAACGGAAAUGUGUGGGCCACCGUUGUGGCUCUGGUUUGGCUUCAUGGGUUCAAGUCAGAUGCUGAAGUCGAAUGGAAGCUUCUUGCUCGUAAGGCUGUGUCAUGGCUGCUGGCUCAAAAAGUGCCAUGUAUUGCAGAGUGUGUCACGGCUGGAAACACUCUAUUGGGCUGCAACGUCCAAAAAGACAGCCUCGGUCUUUAAGGUCUGCAAUACAGUGAAGGACCUUCUGCAGAUUUUUUUUCCCUGUGCUAUGCACUAUUUGGCAUUCUUCCUUAUUUGGUUAUUGAUCAGUCUGCAGCAAGUGACAAUUGUAUCAAUGUUUUCCUAUUGAUAAUGUAGUCAAAACAUUUAAAUCAACGAUAUAUAUGUAAUGUAAUGAGUUUGAAUAAUAAAGACUUCAGAUGAGA